AUGUCGGAGGGGCCGCCCUACGGCGAGGGGCAGCUGGCGGGGGACGCGGCCGUGGGGCAGCUGCCCUUCCCCGUCCGCCUCCGCGGCCCCGACGGCCUCCUCGCCGGCGGGCAGGGCAAGCGGCCGCCCAAGCUGGGGCAGAUCGGCCGCAGCAAGAGAGUGGUUAUUGAAGAUGAUAGAAUUGAUGAUGUGCUGCAGAAUCUCUCGGAAAAGGCCCCUCCCGGUGUUUAA